AUGGAAUUUACUGUUCAUUUCGCUGUUCGUUGUCCAGCCAUUAGAGAUUGGGAAUUUGUCCAUGUUGUUGGAAACUUGCCUAUUCUCGGUGAUUGGCAGCCAAAGAAAUCGUAUCGUCUAAAGCAAAAUCCGGAGGACAAAGAGUUAUGGAAAGGUUCGAUUAAAGUGCCAACGAGUGUAAAGGAUAUUUUCUUCCGCUAUGCAAAAUUCUUUGAUCUCGAUUCCGCGGACAACAACAAAGACGAACCGAUUCCAAUCAUUUCCAAAUGGGAAACGAUUUCCUCGCCAAGACAUUGUUUACUAGAAUGCGAGAGCACAAAAUGCGUCGCGAGGGAAAAUACCGUGGACCAAUUUGGCGAAUAUGGAGGAAGAACCGAAAUUUCUGAUGGUUGGAUCAUUCACUUGAAAGAGCAAGUUGUUUAUUUCCGGAUUCAUGGAGAAGCAUUGAAAAUCUACGACAAAAAAUAUUCCAACGCCGAGCUCCGUUUGAAAGUUGUACCGUUCGACGUACGGUUCAGUGAUGUUCUUACACGUGAAGAUCCGAUAUUUGGCGACCAGUACGAAAAUGGGUCCGUUUUCCGAAACAAUAUUGACUAUUUGGUUUUCCGUACUCGAACUGUUUCGAUUCAAAAUUUAGGAUUUUGCAUUAAUGUUUAUCGCGAUGGAAAACUAUGGUCAUCGGCGUAUGCACUCCCAUCAACAUUUCCAAACACUCAUGGCGCAUCGAUUUUCCCAUUUUUAAACAAUUCAAAACCCGUAGGAACAUUGACCGUGGAUUAUAUGAUUGCGAAGCGAAGUCCGGCCGCUGAAACGAAUCCUACGAUCGAUGAUAUGAGUGUCACAUUUGGCCGAUAUUGGAGAAAACGGAAACGCAUUUUGGAAAUUGGGCAUCGAGGAAUGGGAAGUUCCUAUACGAAAAAUACGUCGGCUCGGGAAAACACGGUGUUUUCCAUGAAUCAAGCUGCGCAGCGUGGAGCUGAUUACGUUGAAUUGGAUGUCCAACUCACAAAGGACCUGAAAACCGUCGUAUAUCAUGAUUUUCAUUUGUUGGUUACUGUUAGUGGACGUGAUUCGCCAACAAAAUCGCCAUCAAAUGCGGAAAAUAAAUCAUUGCAUGAGAUACCGAUCAAGGAUUUAACUUUCAAUCAGCUCAAUCUUCUUCAUUUUGAGCACAUUUCAAAAGCAAAUCCAACAGAUGACAAUGUUACACUAUCGGUAACACCAGGAAAAGAUGAUACGGAUAAAAAACACGACCCGUUUCCUUCACUGGCAACUGUUUUGACAACGGUUGAUAAAAAUGUUGGAUUGAACAUUGAAAUUAAGUAUCCUAUGUACAUGAAAGAUGGUUCUCAUGAAUGCCAAGGAUACUUUGAGCAGAACAUGUUCGUCGAUAUUAUUCUUGGCGAAGUAGCGCAAUAUGCUGGAGAUCGACGAAUUAUUUUCUCAUGCUUCGAGCCGGAUAUCUGCACAUUAAUAACUCAAAAACAGCACAAAUAUCCAGUAUUGUUCCUCGUCGUUGGAGCUACAAACCGAUAUAUGCCAUUUCAAGAUAUUCGCUCUGACAGUAGUAAAAUUGCUGCCAAUUUCGCGGCUGGAUGCGAACUUCUUGGUGUAAAUUUUCAUAGUGAAGAACUUUUGAAUGAUCGUAACCCAAUCGCAAUAGCUGAUAAAUAUAAGCUUGUAAAAUUUGUAUGGGGAGAUGACUUGAAUUCGAAAGAAAUUCAGAAAUUAUUCAAAGAAGAAAUGAAUAUCGAUGGCAUAAUUUUCGACAGGAUCGGUGAAGACGAAACAUUGAAAUCGAAUGUAUUUAUCUUAGAGAAAGAACAUCGAAAAUCGCUGUUCACCAAAAAUGGAUCGAAGUCGCCAAAUGUGAAUCGUCGAUGCAUGUCAAUGGCAACGGACCAUUAA